AUGAAUCACAGGCGAAGUAUUUUCUCUCAGAAGGGCGGAAACUGGUCUGGUGGCGGGGAGGAAUUUCGUUACCGAAUGGAACUGCAACGAGAGUAUGGGACGUCCUGGGAGAUGAUGGAUUUAUUUGACCGAGAUAUUGGAAAAGAUGACUGGGUGGACAUAAAGGAUAAAGGAGGGGAAGUAACUCACACCAUGCAGAAGGACACCUUCAGCUGUGGGGUCUUUAUAAUGCAGAUGGCUAAGGAAGUUGCACAGAACCUCCCCAACAUCCACUCCCAAAUUGAUAUGGAACCUUCACAAAAACAGAUGGAGCAACUGCGAAAAGAAAUGGCUGAGGAUAUACUAAAAAUGUCUGAGUUCAACAAAGCCAACAACUGCUUCAUGUGAGCCACUGAUAAAGAACCUGGAUGUGGCCCAAAGACUGGGUUAGUAACUUUAUCUAACAUGUUAAUAAUCUUUUGACAACAGUGACGGCAUGUAAGACAAUUUAUGAUAUAACACAAUGGAUGGCUAAUUCAUCAUACUGCAUUGAUAUUUGAUAUUAUUUAUAACGUGUUACGUUUUGUUUUAGAUUGAAUGUUUUGCAUGCCAAAAGAGUUCAAGAGUGAAGAACACAAACUGGAAGUGCUGUCUUUGUUGUUGAAAAUGUCUGCUAUACCCCAUCCACACUGAAGAGGCUCUGAAAUGUACAUCAACCAGGGAUAAAGAGAAAGUUAACACGGUGAAAUGUCUUGUACUUAUUUAAAGUAAAGUGUCUGUUGACAUGUUGGAAAAGUUUAAAGGUCUACAAUUUCUGUUUAAUUUGUCAAUAUUCAAUUUUUAUUCAUUGAUUUACUGGCCACCAUCACUGUGGUUACAUGUUCAGUAUAUGUAUUGACCAGCAAACCCACUGCAGCCUACCUCACUAGCUCACUCCCCAUCCCUGCUUUGGACAAUUAAUAGCAUGACUCUCGUACUUUGCCCUUUUCCUUUAUGGUUGAUAUUAACGAUGAAAGGAGAUAUUAUCUGGCUCUCUCCUAUUGUGUACCGCUGUUAAAUACGGUGGAAAAAUAAAAAACUGGGAAAAUAAGUACUUAGAACUACCAAUUAUUUUAGAUAAAUAUUAAAGAAAAGGGUAAACACAACACUGGACUGAACCCUCUAAUUGUCAAACUAAUAUUAAUGUACAACAAUAUAGAAGAUACAUGACUAGAGGUGAUGCAAUAUGGGUGUAUAUAUCCACUGCACGCUUCUUAGGUGUGUAAUUGACAUGUCCAAGGAGCUAUUGAAAUGUAAAACUUUGAAAAAUGUACGUUACACUGCGUGAUUUUACAGUACACAAACAAGCGUGUGCAAUAUAUAAGGCUAGUUCGUGGAGAUUCUGAAGUUUGUUUGAGUCCAGUAGGUCACAUGACCAAGAAGCUAUUGAAACUUUAAAUUUUGAAAAAUUCAUGUAAAAUCUUGUGAGGUGAAAAUGGACAAACUAAAGGGUGUGCAAUGUGUAGGCCACUGAGUGGGCAUUCUGAACCUUGUUUGAAGUCACUAGGUCACAUGACCAAGGAACUAUUUCAAUUAGAAUGUUUGAAAAAUUCAGGUAAAAAUGUGUGAGAUGAAAAUGGACAAACUGAAGGGUGUGCAAUAUAGAAAGGUAGUCAGUGGACAUUCUGAACCUUGUUUGAGUCAAGUAGGUCACAUGACCAA